UUAACACACAUAUAUAUCGCUUAAAACCCUAGCACUCAUCUUUAUCCCUCUUCACUCAUCUAGGGUUUUCAAACAGGAUUGGCAGGCGCAGCUAUCCAAGCAGAAAAAAUGGCUGUUCCUUUGCUGACGAAGAAGAUAGUGAAGAAGCGGGUCAAGAAGUUUAAGAGGCCUCAAAGUGACCGCAAGAUUUCUGUGAAGACAAACUGGAGGAGGCCCAAGGGUAUCGAUUCAAGGGUCAGGAGGAAGUUCAAAGGAUGCACUUUGAUGCCCAACAUUGGUUAUGGCUCAGACAAGAAGACUCGCCACUAUCUCCCUAAUGGAUUUAAAAAGUUUGUUGUGCACAACGUCAAGGAGCUUGAAGUUUUGAUGAUGCACAACAGAACUUACUGUGCUGAGAUUGCCCACAAUGUAUCCACCCGGAAGAGGAAGGAGAUUGUCGAGCGAGCAGCGCAGUUGGAUGUUGUUGUCACCAACAAGCUUGCUAGGUUGCGCAGCCAGGAGGACGAGUAAAAAUUGGUUCUGUUUUGCUUUUGUUACGAUACUUGUUGCAUUAGGCAGUUUCAGUACCUUGAGGUGGCUGUUUUUUAUAACUAUUGUUUGUGUUUUGACUGGAUGGUUUUAAUUUUGAAUCAAAAUCAGUUUGCUAUCA